GCCGGGCCACCACACACGCACGCACAGAUCUCUGCCCCCGACGGCCCGAGCGCCGUCCUCCGCCACAGCUUCGCCAUGGGCGCGCGCUAGCCCCGCCCUUCUUAUCCCCGCUCCCCGACCACCCAUGGCCGCUGCUGCCGCUCUCGUCCCAUGGCACUCCUCGCGCUCCGCCUCGGCCACAGCGGCCUCCUCCCCGCCCCGCCGCUCCGCCGCCACCGCCAACGCCAGCAGCGCCAGCGCCUCCUCGUCUCCUGCAGCGCCGUGAGCGACGGGGGCGCGGCGGUGGUGUGGUUCAAGCAUGACCUCCGCCUCGACGACCACCCGGGCCUCGUCGCCGCCUGCGCCGAGCCCCGCCGCCGCGUCGUCCCGCUCUACGUCUUCGACAGCCGCAUCCUCGCCGGUUACUCAGACACGAGGCUGGAACUGCUACUUUUUGCUUUGAAAGACCUUAAGUUGGCGUUGAAGUCUCAACGGUCUGAUCUGCUCAUAGGCUUGGGAAAUGCUGAAGAUGCUGUUCUGAAAAUCGCAAAUGAGGUACAAGCGGGUGUCAUUUAUACAGAAGAGGAAGUUGAACAGUGUGUGUGCAGUGUUUUAGCCAAUGUUGAAUCUUCUUUGUCUAAUGGAUCGUUCACACGGGGAAACCCUCCUGAGAUCAAGUUCUGGAGUGCCCCGUUGUAUGACUAUAAGAGCUUGAGGCAACUGUCAACAUCACGCAACCAAUUUUUGAAUGAGAAAUUCUCGACAACUACAGCUCUCCCUGCCCCCACUCUUCCUACUCUAAAUGUGGAGUUAGACACAGGUUCUCUACCCACACUUGAAGAACUAAAGGUAUUCCUGAAAGAGAGCAGAAUGGCACAAGAUAAUUGGGUUCCUAUCAAGAGCACGUCAGCAAGAUCUAUUCUCAAAGCCGCCCUCAUUCAGAGGAAGAUUAAAAGUAAUGUUUCCUUAAGUGAUGGCGAUGGAGAAAACAUAGAAGAUAUCACCACAAGUGCUGGUGCACCAGGGAGGAAAAUAGCAGGUUCAAUGUUUGCAUCGGAAAGUUCACUUGAAGUUAGAGGUGGAACAGACAUUACUCUGGAUGCUUUAGAUGCUUACCUGAAAUACCUAGAAGGCACAGGAAAGGCUAGUUGGCAAGAGUUGCAUGAUAAGGUGCGCUUUGCUGAAACCAGGGAUGGUGCUUCGUUUCGCACGUUAUUUGGUAAUGCAAUUCAGCUUGGAGUCAUAUCUAGGAGGAGAGCUUACCAAGAAACUAUUCAAUAUGAGAGAGAUCGCAAUGCUGGCUUUCUAUCACCGUUUGGAUACUCAACCCCUACAGUGACAUCAGCGGUAGAUGCUAUCUGUUCAUUGGAGUGGUACUGGCUCUUGGCAUUGAAAUCCCAAGUAUCCAUUGAGGGAAAUUAUCCUUUAAAGUUUUGGAGAUGGAAGGGUUAUCUUAUACAGUAUACAUCUGUUGGCCAUGAAGGUCCUGCAGUUCUUCUUGUGCAUGGCUUUGGAGCUUCCUUGCAGCACUUUCGUGAUAAUAUCAGCAACAUUGCUGAUGAAGGACACCGAGUUUGGGCAAUUACCCUUCUUGGCUUUGGGAAAUCAGAGAAACCAAAUGUUGACUAUUCAGAACUUCUGUGGUCAGAGUUACUGAGGGACUUCAUUGUUGAUGUUGUGAGGGAGCCUGUUCAUCUUGUAGGCAACUCUAUUGGAGGUUAUAUCUGCGCUAUUGCUGCUGGCUUAUGGCCUUCCCUUGCAAAUUCUCUUGUUCUUCUGAACUCAGCUGGUUCAGUUGUUCCAAAUUACUCCUUCAUCCCACUGAGUAAAGAAGGACGAACCUCAUGGCUUUCAAGGUUGCAGGCACGCCUCCUUUUGCUCUUUUUGAGGUCAAGGGUAGGAGGCAUUCUCAAGGGAUACUAUCCUACUAGAACUGAACGGGUUGACAAGCCACUCGUGGAUGAGAUUAUAAGAGCUUCAUAUGACCCUGGUGCAACAACAGUUAUCGAGAGCAUAUUCAACUUCAAUCUUUCAAUUCCUCUUAAUUUUCUAUUCGAUUCUUUUGGAGGGAACAUCUUAGUUAUUCAGGGAAUAAAAGAUCCGCUUAUAAAAUCCGAGUCAUUCAUUUCCAUGCUUAGAGAGCAUUGCAGCAAGGUCCAAAUUAGGGAGUUAAAUGCAGGACAUGCUCCGCAUGAUGAAGUUCCUGAUGAAGUGAACUCCUUACUGUCUGAAUGGAUGAAAACGAACAAGACUGAACUUAAGCCAGCUUUGGAGAAGUCCAAGGCAAUUUAGAAACUGGUUUACGACUGACGCCUCCAGGUGCAUGCUUACAGUCUUCCAUACUGAACAAUCCUUCUUUGCUACAGAAAGGUGUCUUCCUGGGCAAUGGACCAUGGUUUCAUCAUCAUGAGCAUGCAUUACAUCAUUAUUGCAUUUAUCGAGCUCCGUUCGACGGAAUAUCGACCAAUUGCUGGCGACCUGCGCCCUUUGGAAGAUCAUGCGAUGCCCCUGUCAGUUUGGUCACCUUCUUUCUCCGUUGAGAAAGAAUCAGGGCAUUAGCACUCCAUGACAGCAACCUCUCCACUGUUCUUAAGAGUCCAGAGUGAUAUCAUGUCAGUCAUCAGUCACUCAUGAUACAUGGUGUGAUUAAUUUGUCCUCCUUUUGCGUUGAUGUGCAAUCUUCAGUGAUUUGCUUGGCCUCUUUUUUCGAGACUGUGAUAUAUGCUUGGCUUUGCUUUGCAUUGCAAGGAAUCUUGUACGUAGGUCCAGCAUCGGCAGCACUUGAUAUAUCCCUCUUAGUGCGUACGAUCUUGGUUCUUUUUACUUGCCGUUUUUGACGAUAUGGUAUCCAGUUUACGCAUUUGAUCGUGACCUUAUCUAAUUAAAGGCUAGUACGAUAGUA